AUAGAAGGAACGCAUCUCCGCUUUUGUUCAUCGAAGUGUUGGGCCUGCCACCUGAUCGUCCUAUGAGAGAAAGAAUCUUUCGCUUGUGGACGGAGUAGGCCCAUCGCCGAAUCAAGAUGACCACGACUGGGGGCCGCCGCGGAGGCGCCCGCCGUCCUUCUCUGGUCGAGCGAAGAAUGCACACACAGUGGCGCCGUGUAAUGGUGAAUUACGCACAACUUUCGAUCUACACAAAACGCGGUAAGGUAUCUCGACGACUUUUUUUCUUGUGCUUCACGGUCACAAUGAUCUACUGGUCAGUUGUAAUUUUGCACACGCAUCGAUCCUGGCCGAGCUAUGCAUGGGUAAAAAAAGCAGCGCUGUUGCCUUCAAGCAUCUCAGCGGCAUCUUCUCGUUCGGUCAAGAGUACAACUCUACUAGCAGCAGAAACAAAUACGAGUCAGCAGCAGGAGGACGGAGCAGCACCUUUUCGAACACAUUCAGCACAUGAACCCGAGACGCAGGACAUUCUGAUAGGCAUACAGGAAAAGCCGGAAAAAGCUGACGCCACCGAUGAUGCUUCUAGUAAGAUGAAGCCAAGGACAGAGAUACCACAAGCACAUCAAGAGGACGAUGUCGACUCCGUACGAAGACACUAUCGCAUGUCUUUUUUCUAUCCUGUUGUGGCAACUUGGUGCGUUCUCUGUGUGCUCUAUUUCGGCCAGCGCUUCAUGGAGUACCGAACGCCUCGUCGUGUCUGGGCCGUUCUGUUUUUGUUCGACAGUGUCGGUCUAUGCGUCAGCCUCGCGCUUCUCUACCUCUCCGGUAGCUGUAUUCUAGGCUACUUCGGCUUCUUCUCGUCCCAUGGUAGUAGAGGUGUUGGUACUAUUAACGGCAGUGAUGUCGGUGACGAUGGUACCACGCUGACUUCCUUGUCCUUCGAACGCUGGAUUCUCAACUUCAGCACUAUGCCAACUGACAGCAGCACGACCGCCGCACCGCUGGGCUUUGUGAAGCUUCAUUCCAUGGCACGUAUUGUGCGACUGCAGUAUCAAUUCGCAAUGUUCGAGAUCGGCGAAGUUGCGAGCAUCCUAGCAGCCAAAAAAUUUCGCUCAACUGUUGGUCUGAUGAGCGUCUACGUGAAAACCAUGUUGAUGUGGGCAUGGUUCCUCGGCGCUCGACAUCUCCUCAUCUGCACCGAAAUCGCGCAUGAUGGCUUACUAGAACAACUCAACAACAACACGACGAUCACAGGGGUUGUAGACGACGCACUAGUUGGAACAACUAUGUCUAGUACCAUUUCAUCGCCAUCUUCAACAAGUACUUCUUCUUCUACCAACAAUUACAAUUUUGCCUUCUCCACGCCUGAUGCUAGUUCACCAGGAUCUUCAUGGACGUCGAACGAAGUCCCGACGCGGUUUGCAGGUUCCUCGCGGCACACAAUUUGGAUCGUAUUUGUGAUGAACGUGUUCUCGGUGAUUUGCUACAGCUACUACCUGGCUUCGAUGCUGCUUGCGAGACGUCCGAGUUCAAGUUCAUCAUCUGCAAAUGGAAAAAUUACUUCUGCUGGAGGGUCUUCUGGCUCAAUGUUGAAGCUAUCAACACUGGUCGAAAGCACUACAUCCAUUUCGGCACUUGCGUCCUCACCACCUGCAGCUCCAUGCAGUACUGCUACACCAACUGCGAGAAUGGAAUCCAAGACGUUGUUGGAGGACGAUUUUUCACACCUGCCACCAAAUCAUGUUGGGCAGCCAAGAAAAACGUCGUCGGCGAACAGCAUAAGGUCUAUUUCAUUUGCUGGCGAGGCUGAGGAAGUGACAAUAUGCAGGUCUCCACCAACUUCCGUGCACCGCAAACGCAAACGAGGUAGCGGUAAGUCGAAUCGUUACGGGAGUGGAGGUAAGAAACGAAGUCGGAACAUUAGGAGGCGAGUCAGCGAUGCUAGUUGUGUGGACGCAGAGGAGGACGACGAAGACUCACCUGUGCGUGGUAGGUCCUCACUCCGCCAAUUGUUAGGUCCUUUAUGGCGUCGCGUUUUGCCCGAGGAUGAAAACGACCCGAAUACGAUCGCUAGGACAAGCAAUACGAGUACAAAAAUAUCGACAAUUAAGGCUCAUUAUCAUCAUGUCAUUAUAUAUAGUUCAUUGUAGAUUAGUUUUAGUUAAUAUAAUUCCUCAAGACAAUAAAGUUAAAGGUUUAUCUUCUUGCACUAACAACUCAACCUCAGGUACUGGGCGUUUGAAGCCCCCGCCACCAAAUCGCCAUUAACUACGUGUUAUCAUCUUUUAUGUACAUGAUAGCUGCUGUAUCGAUUUUUUUCUAACUCAACAUCCGUAUCCGAGCAGCACGAAUCGACAUCUGACGAGCCAGUAGAGCUUGUGGACAGAUUACGUAACUUCCUGAAGGAGUGGAACGACGAGGUGCUUCGGCAUUUCCCACAGCUGCAAUUCGCCCAGCAGCUUAUCCUUUUCUGCCACGCUGUCUUUCAGCUAGCCUGCCUUUUCGUCAAUUCUUUGCUCAGACGCCUCGGGCCGUACGUAGUAACAGAUAUCGAUCCUCGAGAAAUUCGCGUCGAGGAUGUCCUGUUUGGAGGCACCAGGGAGCUUCAAGAAAGUACUUCUUCCCUGUCUUAUUCCUACGGUUUCCAAUACACUGGAAAUGGAGCGUCUUCUUCUUUUUUUUGUAGUGGUUUUUCUUUCUAUCACGAUUACGUGAGGCCGCUGCUGAACAUCAACAAUCCGGUGAUACCGGUAUUUGAGCUGCUAGUCUGCAGUCAGUUGCUGCUCAUCUACAUCGACUUCAAUGCGGAGCACAACGGAUCCUCAUGGGAGGAGCAAGAAGCUACCGAGCUUGCUACUAGCAAAAGGAAAAACUCGAAAACAACAACUCAAGACAGUCCUGAUAGUGAAGCAGGCUCUGCAUCGGACAGGAAUCUUUGUGGAAAGUUAUGGAUUUUGGUUUGUUCAAGUUCCUUUCAUGUUCGCUUUUUGCAUUGUAAUUUCCAUUAGUCUUCUUGCCGGAACAAGUAAACAAACGGCUGCUCGUGCUAUGAUAAAGUAGAAGAACCUUCGUACAAUUAAAUGAAAACGUGCAUUGCACCAGCACAAGCGCCCUUGCAGUCUACUUCUGGUGUUGGUACCGAAUUACGUGUGUGAGUUAAAGUUCUCUGUGACAGCGCUAAUAUUCAACACAGACGCGGCGAGACAGGAAGACGAUGCGAAAGAUGAAGAGGCUACUCUGCCAUCUCCUGCGCGUUUUUGCUUUUCUUUCGAUUCGAGCGGCUGGCUCUACAUGUACCACUGGGGCGUGGCGACCUUCAUCUACGACCAUUUUGACAACGACUACCCAAAUGAGAUGGGUUUUUCUGGGGCCAGUGGCGGCGCACUCGUGGCAGGGGCGCUCGCGCUUGGCCUGAAUCCGAAGGAGGUGUGCUUCGAUACCAUACGGCAAUCCUCGAAGUGCCAAUACAACAUAGCGGCAUCGUUUCGGCUCUGUGAGGCGACCUUAGAGAAGUGGGUCCCUAGAAAAUUGGAGGACAUAGUUCGUGCUAACGGUCGUUUGCGCGUGCUCAUGACCCAACUUCAGCGGCACCCGCCAUUCGCAAGAGGACAGGUUCACUUCUAUUCAAAGAUAUUUUCUGGCCAAUCUCAAUCUUCAUGUUCAUUUGAUUUUGUUUUCAAUGAAAAGGUUUUUACAGGGUUAUUUUUCUUGGAUCGGGAGGGACAUAAGAGGUACUGCAUUAUCUUCAGAGUCACUUGAUCAGCCAAUCCUUCAUUCUUCAUGUCGGUCCUCUUCAUUCCGCCAUUGCAUUUCCAGGUAGCUUCUUUCUUUAGCGAUCGCAAGCACCUGGUCCAAUGUCUGCGAGCGUCGGCGCACAUUCCACUGUUAGCGGGUGUUCUCCCGUACUGGAUCGAGAAAUACAAGAGCUACUACGUAGACGGGCUAUGCUGGUUGUCGCUUUUUGUGCACUGGCGAGGUUUCACGAAUAAUGAUCACGUGGUUCGAGUGAGUGCGACAGGGGCGCCGAAUGCCGACAUCGGCCCAAGCAGAAUGUUUCCGUUCUGGUGGGCGCUUUUUCCCCCAAGUGAAGAGGUCCUGGAGGGGAUGUUCUGGCAGGGCUAUGUUGAUGCGAUGAGCUUCUUCUCCCAGGACCAAAAGCUGGUCCGGCGCUCCGGUUUUUUGUGCGGUUGCGGCCGCAUGAAACGUCGUAAGAAAGGAGCUGGACACCGAGAGCAAAUGGCGAGAGAUUUAGGUGACGAGAACGAGGACUCUAACUACCUAGAAGAAGGGCUCUACUUCGAGGACGAGCUGUUCUCAGAGCUCGAUGAGACCGAUACAAGUAAUGGCGCAGGUGGCACCCAGAAUGGACCUAAGUUGGCUUUUGACUUCAACCCGGCUGAGCAGCAUCUACUCGAACCUCUCAGUCCCAGAAGUAAACUACUAGAAUCUGAUAAUUACAGCUCUCCAGCACCACCACCUGAACCUGAAGAAAGCUUUCGCGCGCAAGAUAGGCUAGAACAAGAGUACAGGAGGCGGAAAGAUGAGACGGCCGGGACGCGAGUUGAUGAUGGAGAGACGAGUCAAAGUCCGAACACGACUAAGAGGAGGAGUCGUAACGGAAAAACGAGGCGGCGGCUGAAAUUGUCUGCCCAAAAGCAACAAAACAAUCUACAACGACAAGAAGUGAAUAAUAUUAGAGAUACUGUAACCUCAUCUGACCACGCGGCAAGAGGAGAAACAGAAACAGAUCAACGUGAAUUAGAACAGAGACAGAGCAGUAGAACAGGUCGGCUUCCAUCUCUGAGUAUACCUAAACCAGGAGGAGUAGAAGAUUCACCCUCGUUGAGCCGACAAAGCAGCAGCGUUAACUCACGGGCUUCCGUUUCGUCCACUACAUCGAAGAUAACUGAAGUGCCCCAAAUCGGCACAACCGGAGCUGACGGUUACAAUAGGUCGUCCGACAUGAAACUGUUACUUUCAGCCGCACAAGACCAGCAACAGCAUGGUGGCCAUACUAGUGAUGCUAUGAGAACAAUUGCAGGUAAUAAUACUAGCUACCGACAACGAAAUGUGUUAACGCGUUGCGCGUCGGGAUCGUCUUGUAGUAGCAAGACGUCAACCACAUCGUCAGUCGCGCAGCCUGCCGGCUUCAGAAUAGCCUCCACGCCGUCUUCCUCCAAGCUUAUCCGCCGCCGCACGGAUUACACUAACGACAGUAGAAAUAUACUGUCUGAUACCAGUCGUGGCUACAACACCAGUGGACGUGGGGGACAUCAGCAUAGCAGCUCUUACACGGGCAAAAACGUUGGUACCAGCAACUUUUCCUCAUCUUCAAUUUAAGGCUUCUACUUGUUGCCCUGCUAAUUCAUUUUCCUUUUCAUAUUGAGCAGAAGAAUCUUGCCUCCUUCAACCCCUCUCACUCUCUGUCUCUUAAGUGGGAGAGAAGAAGAAGACGUGCACGUCACGCGUGCACGUCAAAGGUGUGCUAGUGCUGACUCUCUUAAAGAUCAGAUGUGAAUUUGGGCAAUCUUACUCGUCUAAUCCAUGUUCAACAAUUUGCCGGCAUGGCGGGUAUUCCAUCAACUGCCUCGGAGAAGUCUGAGCAGGCAACUCCCGGCCACAAUGCGGCAGCUUUCUCUGAACGAGGACAUCGAAGACUUGAUUCAUAUCGCCGAUCAGCAGAUCGAAGCCUCCUGGGUUACCUGUGCGAUGCUAUUCAUAGCCGCCUACGUCCUCUACGCCGCGGUCGUAUCUGCUAUCUAA